AUGGCCAUUACCAAGGUUCACGCUCGUUCCGUCUACGAUUCUCGUGGCAACCCCACCGUUGAGGUCGAUCUCGUCACUGAGACUGGCCUGCACCGGGCCAUUGUCCCCUCUGGCGCCUCUACCGGCCAGCACGAGGCUGUUGAGCUCCGCGAUGGCGACAAGGCCAAGUGGGCUGGCAAGGGCGUUUCCCAGGCCGUCGCCAACGUCAACACCGUCAUCGGCCCUGCUCUGAUCAAGGAGAAUCUUGAUGUUAAGGACCAGUCCAAGGUCGAUGAGUUCCUUAACUCUCUCGACGGUACCGCCAACAAGGGCAAGCUUGGCGCCAACGCCAUUCUCGGUGUCUCCUUGGCUGUCGCCAAGGCUGGUGCCGCUGAGAAGGGUGUCCCCCUGUACGCCCAUAUCUCCGAUCUUGCUGGUACCAAGAAGCCCUACGUUCUCCCUGUUCCUUUCAUGAAUGUUCUGAACGGCGGUUCCCACGCUGGUGGUCGCCUUGCUUUCCAGGAGUUCAUGAUUGUUCCUUCUGAAGCCUCUAGCUUCACCGAGGCCAUGCGCCAGGGUGCUGAGGUUUACCAGAAGCUCAAGGCCCUCGCCAAGAAGAAGUACGGCCAGUCCGCCGGCAACGUCGGCGACGAAGGUGGUGUUGCUCCUGAUAUUCAGACUGCCGACGAGGCUCUCGACCUCAUCAUGGAGUCUAUCGAGCAGGCUGGUUACACUGGCAAGAUCAAGAUUGCCAUGGACGUUGCUUCCAGCGAGUUCUACAAGACCGAGGAGAAGAAAUACGACCUGGACUUCAAGAACCCCGAGAGCGACCCCAGCAAGUGGCUGACCUACGAGCAGCUGGCUGCUCUCUAUGGUGACCUCUGCAAGAAGUACCCCAUUGUCUCCAUCGAGGAUCCCUUCGCCGAGGACGACUGGGAGGCCUGGAGCUACUUCUACAAGACUCAGGACAUUCAGAUUGUCGGUGAUGACUUGACUGUCACCAACCCUCUCCGUAUCAAGAAAGCCGUUGAGCUUAAGGCUUGCAAUGCCCUUCUCCUCAAGGUCAACCAGAUUGGUACCCUGACCGAGUCCAUCCAGGCCGCCAAGGACUCUUAUGCUGAUGGCUGGGGUGUCAUGGUCUCGCACCGCUCUGGCGAGACUGAAGACGUCACAAUUGCUGAUAUUGUCGUUGGCAUCCGCUCUGGUGAGAUCAAGACUGGUGCUCCUUGCCGCUCUGAGCGCCUGGCCAAGCUCAACCAGAUCCUUCGUAUUGAGGAAGAGCUUGGCGAUUUAGCUGUUUAUGCCGGUGCCAACUUCCGCAACUCUGUUAACCAGUAG